UCGUUCAUCGAAAGUGACCAAUCCAUCGAACAAAAAUAAAAAAUAAAAAAACACCCAAAGCAAAAGUUGUGAAAGAAAGUUAUUACAUAUAAAAAAGCCUCGUAUGCUUCUGCCCCUUAUUCUUCUUCAUUUUACCCUUUUUCCCUGCCUUAGGGUUUUCCUGCAACAACCCUAUUUCUUCUCAAUUUCAACAUCUUUCUCUUAAUCUGUCACACUUGUCCUCUCAACACGCGCGAUUCCAUCACUUAAAAAAACUUAGGGUUUCGAAUCGGGUAGUUGUUUUAUUGAUUCAUUCAAUUAAACAAAGAUUCGAUCGAUCCGAAGCUGGAAAUGGUUGUUAUUAUAGCGUUUGUGAGAGUGUAAUUAACGCUCCCUGGUGAGCGAGUUGACAAAUUGCAGGGUGGGUUGGUUUUUGUAUGGAAACUCGUAGUCGGAAGCGGGCGGAGGCUUCCUCAGCUGCCCCUUCAUCUUCCUCAUCCGGUCCCACCACUCGUUCCAGUAAACGUGCCCGUCUCUCUUCUUCUUCUACUUCUUCCGCCACCGCAACAGCAACAACCACCGCCGCUACCAUCACCACUCCUAAAAACCGUUCUGCCAACACUCGUUCACGCGCAUCCAAGAACAAGGAACCCUUACCACCUAAAAAUCCUAUUCCCAUGGACUCCAACAAUGAAUCAUCCUCCGGUUCACGCCGUGAUCGCCGUGGCAAGAAUUUGGAUAGGGAUAACUCCGACAAGGGAAAGGAAAAGGAACACGAUGUUAGGAUUAGGGAUAGGGAUGCAGAAAGAGGGAUUUCAUUGAACGUGGAAACUGGUGGUGCUGGAGAUGAGGAUGAUAACGAUAGUGACAGUGGUGUUGGGAUUUUGCAUCCGAAUUUAACAUCUGCAAGUAGUGCACUCCAAGGUCUUCUUCGUAAACUCGGUGCUGGCUUGGAUGAUCUGCUUCCUUCAUCCGGGAUGGGUUCUUCUUCCUCUCAUCAGAGUGGGAGGUUGAAGAAGAUUCUAUUUGGGCUACGUGCAGACGGGGAAGAAGGUAAGCAGGUCGAGGCUUUGACUCAGCUUUGUGAUAUGCUUUCUAUUGGGACUGAGGAAUCGCUUAGUACUUUCUCUGUUGAUUCGUUUGUACCGGUGCUCGUGGGGUUGCUGAAUCACGAGAGCAAUCCUGAUAUCAUGCUUCUAGCAGCAAGGGCGCUAACACAUCUCUGCGACGUGCUGCCUUCAUCUUGUGCUGCUGUUGUGCAUUACGGAGCUGUUUCGAUCUUCUGCGCGAGGUUGCUCACUAUAGAGUAUAUGGACUUGGCUGAGCAGUCCCUCCAAGCUCUAAAGAAGAUAUCUCAGGAACACCCAACUGCCUGCCUACGAGCUGGGGCUCUUAUGGCCGUGCUUUCUUAUUUGGACUUCUUCUCAACAGGAGUUCAGCGUGUUGCAUUAUCUACUGCUGCAAACAUGUGCAAGAAGCUUCCUUCAGAUGCAGCUGACUUUGUGAUGGAAGCUGUUCCUCUUCUGACAAACCUCCUUCAGUACCAUGAUUCCAAGGUCCUGGAGCAUGCCUCUGUUUGUUUGACUCGGAUAGCUGAAGCAUUUGCAUCUUCUUCGGACAAGUUAGAUGAAUUGUGCAAUCAUGGACUGGUAACACAGGCUGCAUCGCUCAUUUCUAACAGUAGUUCUGGAGGUGGACAGGCUUCUCUCAGCACGCCAACAUAUACUGGUUUAAUUCGACUUCUUUCAACCUGUGCAAGUGGUUCCCCUCUUGGAUCUAAAACUUUGCUUCUUCUCGGAAUUAGUGGUAUUCUUAAAGAUAUUCUAUUUGGUUCUGGUGUUUCUUCUAAUGCCUCUGUUUCUCCUGCAUUAAAUAGGCCACCAGAGCAGAUAUUUGAGAUUGUAAACUUGGCAAAUGAGCUUCUUCCCCAAUUGCCACAAGGAACUAUUUCCCUCCCUGUCAGCACCAACUUUGCAAAGGGGCCUGCUGUAAAAAAGUCUCCUGCCGGUAGUUCUGUGAAACAAGAAGACACAAAUGGAAAUGUUCCUGAGAUAUUGGCUCGUGAGAAGCUAUUAAAUGAUCAGCCUGAGCUUCUUAAGCAAUUUGGGUUGGAUCUCCUCCCAGUUUUGUUACAGAUAUAUGGUUCUAGCGUCAAUAUGUCUGUUCGGCACAAAUGUCUUGCAGUAAUUGGAAAGUUGAUGUAUUUCAGCACAGCAGAGAUGAUCCAGUCUUUGUUAAGCGUUACAAAUAUAUCCAGUUUCUUAGCUGGAGUCUUGGCAUCGAAAGAUCCUCAUGUUUUGAUACCUGCCUUGCAAAUUGCUGAAAUUCUUAUGGAAAAGCUUCCUGGGACAUUCUCUAAAAUGUUUAUCAGAGAAGGUGUAGUCCAUGCAGUGGACCAACUUAUUUUGCCAGGAAAUUCAACUAAUGUCUCUACACAAGCAUCUUCUGCAGAGAAGGAUACGGAGUCCAUACCCGGAUCGUCUUCAUCUCGCUCUAGGCGUCAUCGGCGACGCUUUGGCAACUCCAAUCCUGAAGGAAAUCCUUUGGACGAUCUGAAGAGUCCUGUUUCGGUAAGUGUGGGCUCUCCUCCAAGUUCUGUGGAUAAUCCAACAGUAAAUUCAAGUAUCCGGUUAUCUGUUAGCACAGCUGCAAAAACUUUUAAAGAUAAGUACUUUCCAUCGGAUCCCGGGGCUGCUGAAGUGGGUGUUACUGAGGAUCUUUUGCAUCUGAAAAAUCUUUGCAUGAAGUUAAAUGCUGGUGUUGAUGACCAAAGGACUAAUGGUAAGGGGAAAUCUAAAACUUCUGGAUUUGGUCUGGAGGAGCAUUUAAUUGGGAUCAUAUCUGACAUGCUACAGGAACUUGGUAAAGGAGAUGGUGUAUCUACUUUCGAAUUUAUUGGUAGUGGUGUUGUUGCCGCUUUGCUAAAUUAUUUAUCGUGUGGGUACUUCUCUAAAGAUCGACCCUCAGAAACCCACCUGCCCAAGCUUCGCAAACAAGCACUUACAAGGUUUAAAUUGUUUAUAUCUGUUGCACUGCCUGCUACUAUUGACAAUAGGGAUGCAGCUCCUAUGACUGUCUUGGUUCAAAAGCUUCAAAAUGCUCUGUCCUCCAUGGAGCGUUUCCAUGUUUUGCUGAGUCAAUCAUCUAGGUCAUCUGGUGGAAGUGCACGCCUCUCCUCAGGACUAAGUGCAUUAUCCCAGCCAUUCAAAUUGCGUCUUUGUCGAGCCCAGGGGGAAAAGUCACUUAAGGAUUAUUCAUCCAAUGUUGUAUUGAUCGAUCCAUUAGCAAGUUUAGCAGCCAUUGAGGAAUUUCUCUGGCCUCGUAUCCAGCGAAGCGAAUCUGUUCAGAAGGGCACUGCACCAGCUGGGAAUGAAUCUGGGACAAGUCCUGUAGGAACUGGUGUUUCACCUCCUACCUCUACUCCGUCCGCUACCCGUCGUCAUUCUACGAGAUCCAGAUCAUCUGCUAGUAUAGGGGAUACACCCAGAAAAGAAACAACUCAAGAUAAAAGCUUGAGCUCAUCUAAGGGUAAGGGAAAAGCUGUAUUAAAGCCUGCACAAGAGGACGCAAGAGGACCUCAAACCAGGAAUGCUGCACGCAGAAGAGCAGCUCUUGAUAAAGAUGUUCAAAUGAAGCCUGCAAAUGGGGAUUCUACUUCUGAGGAUGAUGAUUUAGAUAUAUCUCCUGUUGAAAUUGAUGAGGCUUUGGUGAUCGAAGAUGAUGAUGAUGAUGAUGAUAUUUCUGACGAUGAAGAUGACGACCAUGAAGACAUGCUGAGGGAUGACUCCCUUCCUGUUUGUGUACCUGACAAAGUACAUGAUGUGAAAUUGGGUGACUCAGCUGAGGAGACUAAUGUUGCUCCUGCAACUAACGAUGGCCAGACUAACACAGCUUCUGGUUCUAGCAGCAAAGUUGCUUCAGUCAGGGGGUCAGACACAGCAGAUUUUAGGAGUGGCUUUUCUUCUAGUUCUCGAGGUGCAAUGUCAUUUGCUGCUGCUGCCAUGGCUGGACUUGGAUCUGCUAAUAGCAGGGGAAUCAGGGGUAGCAGAGAUCGGCAAGGGCGUCCAUUGUUUGGUAGUUCUAAUGAUCCCCCAAAGUUAAUCUUUACUGCUGGCGGGAAACAACUGAACAGGCAGUUGACUAUUUAUCAAGCAGUUCAAAGACAAUUUGUACUAGAUGAAGAGGACGAUGAGAGAUUUGCUGGCAGUGAAUUAAUGUCAAGCGACGGAAGCAGACUGUGGGGUGACAUUUUCAUAUUAACUUAUCAGAAGGCGGAGAGCCAAACAGAUAGGGCAUCCCCAGGAGGUCAAAGUUCAAACACUUCCAGAUCUAGUAAAUCUGGGUCCGUAUCAAAUUGCAGUUCGGAUGGAAAGCUGCAUCAGACAUCUGUAUUGGAUAGUAUCUUGCAGGGAGAAUUGCCCUGUGAGCUGGAGAAAUCUAAUCCUACAUACAAUAUAUUGGCGCUAUUGCGUGUGCUGGAGGGUUUAAACCAGUUGGCACCUCGUUUGAGGGCCCAAGUGGCUACUGAUAGCUUUGCUGAGGGAAAAUUUUUGGAUCUAGAUGAGCUAGCUGUUGCCCCUGGUGCUAAGGUUCCUCUGGAGAAAUUUAUAAGCAACAAGCUUACUCCAAAAUUAGCUAGGCAGAUACAGGACGCCCUUGCGCUGUGCAGUGGGAGUCUUCCCUCAUGGUGUUACCAGUUAACCAAAGCGUGCCCUUUUCUGUUUCCAUUUGAGAUCCGAAGACAGUACUUCUAUUCAACUGCCUUCGGGUUAUCUCGUGCACUGUAUCGACUCCAGCAGCAGCAGGGUGCCGAUGGUCAUGGAUCAACAAAUGAAAGAGAGGUUAGGGUUGGAAGGCUGCAGCGCCAAAAGGUUCGUGUCUCUCGAAACCGCAUUUUGGAUUCUGCUGCUAAAGUGAUGGAGAUGUAUUCUAGCCAAAAGGCUGUACUUGAAGUUGAAUAUUUUGGUGAAGUUGGCACUGGUCUUGGUCCCACCCUUGAGUUCUAUACACUUCUAAGCCACGACUUACAAAAAGUUGGACUUCAGAUGUGGAGAUCUGGUUCCGAUCAAAUGGAAAUUGAUGGAGAGGAAAAGAAAAUGAAAAAUAGUGAAGGCAAUAUUGCUAGAGAUGGGGCACUUGUUCAUGCUCCACUUGGGUUGUUUCCUCGUCCCUGGCCUGCAAAUGCUGAAGCAUCAGAGGGUAGCCAGUUUUUUAAAGUGAUUGAAUAUUUCCGCCUUUUAGGUCGCGUAGUGGCUAAAGCCCUUCAAGAUGGACGUCUAUUAGAUUUGCCAUUAUCUGUUGCAUUUUAUAAGCUUGUUCUUGGUCAAGAUCUUGAUUUGCAUGACAUUCUUUACAUUGAUGCUGAACUUGGGAAAACUAUUCAAGAGUUGAAUGCCCUUGUUUGUCGGAAACAUCAUAUAGAAUCGAUUGGUGAUGGUUAUACUGGUACAGCUGCAAAUUUACAUUUCCGUGGAGCUCCAAUUGCAGAACUCUGCUUGGAUUUUAGCCUUCCUGGUUAUCCAGAGUACACCUUGAAACCUGGGGACGAAAUUGUUGACCUCAAUAAUCUUGCGGAGUAUAUAUCCAUGGUUGUUGAUGCCACUGUCAAGACUGGAAUAACGCGCCAACUGGAAGCCUUUAGAGCAGGGUUCAAUCAGGUUUUUGACAUCUCAUCUUUACAAAUUUUUACUCCUCAAGAAUUGGAUUAUUUGCUAUGCGGCCGAAGAGAAUUGUGGAAGACCGAGACACUAGCUGAUCAUAUAAAAUUUGAUCAUGGGUAUACUGCCAAGAGCCCCGCUAUAGUGAAUUUACUUGAAAUUAUGGGAGAGUUCACACCGGAGCAGCAGCGUGCCUUCUGUCAAUUUGUUACUGGAGCACCUAAGCUUCCACCUGGUGGACUGGCUGUUCUAAAUCCAAAAUUAACGAUUGUGAGAAAGCUGUCGUCAAAUGCAGCUAACACUACAUCCAAUGGGAACGGACCUUCAGAAACAGCAGAUGAUGACUUGCCAAGUGUGAUGACAUGUGCUAAUUACCUGAAGCUUCCUCCUUAUUCUACCAAGGAAAUUAUGUACAAGAAGCUACUCUAUGCAAUCAAUGAAGGCCAGGGAUCCUUUGAUUUAUCAUGAGUUUCUUGAACUAACCAACCCGUCCCUGUAUGUUAAUAUGAUGAAUCAGGGUUUACUUUCCAGGCUCACUUUUUGGUUGGUACUUUCCUCCUUCCUUCUCAAAUAAUGGCCUCAUUUAAGGCGCUCAUCAAAGGUUGUGACAUAGUUCACAGGUGUAGUGGGAUGUCUCAUUGGUUGUUGAGUCGAAGCGGUUGGCCACAUUUUCAAGGUGUAAAGGUGUUUACUGAGCUCGUUUAGCUGUUACAACGUGUAAAUAAAUUAGGAAAUGUUGAGUUGUUUUGCCCCCUAAUUUUUUAUGAUUCUGUUGUCAAGCCAAAUUAUUGGUAGUUCAUACAUGUAUGGGAGAUGGUAAAGGGAAUAGAAAUAAAGUAAACUUCUAUAUGCGUUAUGUGUACUUCGUUUCGUAUUAGAUCAAAAAGCUUCAUUGUAAAAUUGUUAUCCAAUUUAUUGGGGGUUACCCUUUUUAUGUUUUUUGGUAGCCACUCGUGCACAAAUUACACCAGCCAUGUAGAUGCGUGUGUUGGGUUUCAUGUUGCUUGUAUCAAAGAAUUGUUUUUGUCUCCUGUGAAACCAGGUGGUGAAAGUGUGGUGUUUUUCUA